AUGCGGGCGCGCGCCGCGGCCCCGGAGUCGGCGGCGGCCGGAGCGGGGAGCGGAGCCCGCACCGCGGCCCCGGAGCGCCGCGUCCCCGGGAGCCCGACAGCUGGAGCUCGGCUCCGCAUCCCGGGGCUCCGCAUCCCGGCGCUCCGCAUCCCGGCGCUCCGCAUCCCGGCGCUCCGCAUCCCGGGGCUCCGCAUCCCGGGGCUCCGCAUCCCGGGGCUCCGCAUCCCGGGGCUCCGCAUCCCGCGCCUUCAUAUCCCGGGGCUCCAACCCCGGGGCUCCAUCCCCGGCUCCGCAUCCCGGGCUCCAUCCCCGGCUCUCCCCGGCUCUAUCCCCGGCUCUGUAUCCGGGCUCCAUCCCCGGCUCCGCAUCCCGGGCUCCAUCCCCGGCUCCAUCCCCGGGCUCUGUAUCCCGGGCUCUCCCCGGCUCCAUCCCCGGCUCUGCGGGCUCAGCAUGGGCGGAGGAGCCCCGCGCCUGCACCGGCGGCUGCUGCUGCUGCUGGGGCUGUGCAGCUGGACGGCCGCGCUGCGAGGACAUGAGAACAGCGAGGCCCUGCCCGAGUCCAUCCCCUCGGCGCCGGGGACCCUGCCCCAUUUCCUGGAGGAGCCGGACGAUUCCUACAUCAUCAAGAGCAACCCCAUCGUGCUGCGCUGCAGGGCCGUGCCCGCCAUGCAGAUCUUCUUCAAGUGCAACGGGGAGUGGGUGCACCAGAACGAGCACGUGUCCCGCGAGAGCCUGGACCAGGCCACGGGGCUGAAGGUGCGGGAGGUUUCCAUCAACGUGACGCGGCAGCAGGUGGAGGAUUUCCACGGCCCCGAGGAUUACUGGUGCCAGUGCGUGGCCUGGAGCCACCUGGGCACCUCCAAGAGCAGGAAGGCGUCGGUGCGCAUCGCUUAUCUACGGAAGAACUUUGAGCAAGACCCCCAGGGCAAGGAGGUUCCCAUCGAGGGGAUGAUUGUCCUGCACUGCCGGCCCCCCGAGGGCGUCCCCGCCGCCGAGGUGGAGUGGCUGAAGAACGAGGAGCCCAUCGAUUCCAACCUGGAUGAGAACAUCGACACCAGGGCCGACCACAACCUCAUCAUCCGCCAGGCGCGCCUGUCCGACUCGGGCAACUACACCUGCAUGGCUGCCAACAUCGUGGCCAAGAGGAGGAGCCUGUCGGCCACCGUGGUGGUCUAUGUGAACGGGGGCUGGUCCUCGUGGACGGAGUGGUCCAGCUGCAACGCGCGCUGCGGGCGGGGCUGGCAGAAACGCUCGCGCACCUGCACCAACCCCGCGCCCCUCAACGGGGGAGCCUUCUGCGAGGGCAUGUCCGUGCAGAAAAUCACCUGCACCUCCCUCUGCCCCGUGGACGGCAGCUGGGAGGUGUGGAGCGAGUGGUCGGUGUGCAGCCCCGAGUGCGAGCACCUGCGCGUGCGGGAGUGCGCCGCGCCCGCGCCCCGCAACGGCGGCAAGCACUGCGAGGGCCUGAGCCAGGAGUCCGAGAACUGCACCGAGGGGCUCUGCAUCCAAGGUGAGCUGCCACGGGCUGGCCGCGGCUCCUGGGCCUGGCCGGAGAGCUGGGCUGGAGGCCAGGGAGCCUGCGUGCGUGGGGCUCUCGUGUCUGAUUCAUUCUCCUGAAAAGGGAGGUGGUUUU